UCCGUUACACAACCUUCUCCGAGAGUUCUGUCCAAGAUGGCGUCAACGCAGUUAACGGAUGAGGAGCUUUUCUCCGAAUUAAAGCGCUUUGGUUUCACUCCAGGGCCGGUAACCGAAAACACUCGCCCGGUAUAUUUGAAGAAAUUGAAAAAGCUUCGGGAAGAGCAACAGCAGCGGGGCUCCAGGCCGGUUAAAACCCGUAGCAGCGGGGCCAUCAGUAGCAGCACUGGCGGCGGCAACACGGCGGGAUCCAGGCCAGCCAGCCAUGACGUCACGCACCUGAGCUCUAGCAGGAGACCGGGCCGGAAGUCCUCCGUCCUCGGCUUCAGCUCCGACGAGUCUGACGCUGAAACUCCAUUUAAAAGAAAGGGCCUCAACCACAGCGGCAGGGUCGUCCGAAGCCCCGGGUUUCAACAACAACCUAAGAUAAGGCCCGUUACCACACCGAGUGUUGCUAACAAGAGUCAGUAUGGCGCUACGAGUACGCUAAAUAGCAACAAUUCUUCCCCGGGUCCGGACGGACAGAGAAGUGUCUCGCUGGGCUGGGGAGUUCGUGCCAGAUCCAGCCCCGAGGCGGAAGGGAGGGAUUACGACGAAUCGGGGGACGAGGACGAUUGUGAGGGGGAGACGGAGAAGAACUCUCGCUCUUUAAAUGGCUGUGGGGCGCUUCACGUGAACACUAGCAAGCUAGCCGGGGAUUACUCAGACUCAGACGAGGAGGAGGUUGGGGGCCUUGGUGCCGCAGACAGACAGCGGGAUAGGUUGGAGCCUAGACGGAGCCACCCGAAAGCGGCGUUCCCUUCCCACGGAGUCGGCCGAGGGUCUCAGACUGGAGGGGUAGCAAGAGAGAUUAACACGCCUGAGAGUCUAAACAUGGUGGGGAGCCGGAGGGAGGAGCGGGAGGGAGACGAGGUGAAGAGAAGGGAACCGGACUCAUCGGGAGGCUUGCGGAGCCACAACUUUGCCAGGAAGUCCAUCUACGUGUCCCUCGGCGAGAACCACGGAGCAGAGGCCGGCGAAAACAACCACGUCGACGGCGACCACGGAGCCUCCAGAAGCAACAACACUAGUCGAUUCAGCAUCGGAUUGAGACCGCGCUUCUCCAACUACAGCAGCCUGUCCCAGACCUACAGGGGCAACCACUCCAACCACGUCGCUGCCAGCAACCCGUACAGCCAGGCGGUGCUGAAGCAGAAGCUGUCUGUUCCGGAGGAUGAGCUGCUCCAGCAGUUCAAACGGGAAGAGGUGGCCUCCUCCGGCAGCUUCAGCGCUCACUACCUGUCCAUGUUCCUGCUCACUGCAGCCUGCCUCUUUUUUCUGCUGCUGGGCCUCAUGUACCUCAGGAUGAGGGGCUCUGGAUCCUCUGAGGUGGAUGGAGUCAUUAAGAGCCAUCUUGGCAGCGAGUUUGACACUUCUUAUGAAAAGGAGGUGAAGGACGUGAUCCUAAACCUGCUGCUUAAUCUACAUGAUCACCUGGCCCACAUCGCUGGCCAGCAUGACUGUGGAGACCAGCAGCAUCCAAACAGGAGUCUGUCUAUGGAAGAGGCAUCUGCGUAUUUACUGGCUCAGAAUGAGGAGUUUGGUAACUUCACUCAUACUUCUCUGGAGUGGAUCAUCCGGACAAGCCAGGAUGUUGGGAUAAGGUUGAUUGGCCAGGUAGCAGAGGAUCCAGUGACUGAUGUGUCUGAGAUCUCUCGGCUGGAGUCCACUCAUCCCAAGAUGCCCUUCACGUGCCGCUUCCGCCGAGCCUUCCUCACCGUCAUCAGCAGAGUCUUUCUCAUCGCAGUUGUGGUAGGCUGUGUGUGGAGUGUGGUCUGCUACAUGAAGUAUCGCUGGAGGAGAGAGGAGGAGGAGACCAGGCAGAUGUACGAUAUGGUGGAAAGGAUCAUCGAUGUGUUGAGGAGCCACAGUGAGGCCUGCCAAGAGAACCAGGACCUGCAGCCCUACUUGCCCAUCCCCCACGUCAGAGACUCCCUUGUUCAGCCUCAGGACCGGAAGAAAAUGAAGAAGAUCUGGGAGCGGGCUGAGAGCUUCCUCUCAGCCAACGAGUCCAGGAUUCGAACAGAGACUCAGAGGAUUGGUGGGGCGGACUUCCUGGUCUGGAGGUGGAUCCAGCCGUCUCUCAGUUGUGACAAGACCUCCUUGAUGCCCUCCAAAGUUUGGCAGGGAAAAGCUUUCCCUCUGGACCGGAGGAAUUCACCUCCCAACAGCCUGACUCCAUGCCUGAAGAUCAGAAACAUGUUUGACCCAGUCAUGGAGGUGGGGGAGAACUGGGAUCUAGCCAUCCACGAGGCCAUCCUAGAGAAGUGCAGCGACAACGACGGCAUCGUCCACAUCGCCGUCGACAAGAACUCACGAGAGGGCUGUGUCUACGUGAAGUGUCUGUCUGCAGAGCACUCAGGGAAAGCCUUCAAGGCACUUCAUGGCUCCUGGUUUGAUGGUAAGCUGGUGACGGUGAAGUAUCUGCGUUUGGACCGAUACCACCAGCGCUUCCCACAGGCCCACGGCUGCAGCACACCCCUGAAGGCCUCCAGUCUCCACCUGAACACCACGAGCACCAUGAACACCCGCCUGCAGCACCGCGGCUCAGCUAACUGUUCAGGCUUCUCGUGAGAUCAGCGUCAGCAUUAGAUUUAGCAUUCUCCUCCGUGCCCUCCCAGCACGACAGCACCAGCCUGCUGCUGCUCCUUCACUGCUUUAUAACGGGGAAGACUUCAGUCUGUGUCGCAGGAGAGCUUCUUCUUUUCUUUUAUUUCCUUUGUUUGUUUGUUUUCAACACAUGAGAGGCUGUUCAGCGGUGCAGUGUUUGUUUUCUGUAAUCUUUGUUUUAGAAAUGUCAUGGAUUUAACAAGGAAGCAAAGUUCUUCUGGAAUAUUUAAGAUGUGUGCAGAGACUCCAACCCUCCCUCCUCCUUCCACAGUCUUGACUGAUGCCAUGGUGGAGUUCAUCCGGGCACAGUAUGGAAAUGGCUGCAUGUAUCAGAGUAUGCGUCUAUGUAAGCUUUCAAUACCACAGUGUGGGUGUUAAUUUCCUGAAGAUGUUCGAUGUACUCCGGGAUUUUUAUUAUUCUGAUUAUUAUUUAGUCAAGUGAGGAAGGCAUGAACCGGCUUGCAGAGGGCGUGCUGUAAAUACAUGUGAAUGGUGCCACAAGCUUUAUUACAUCCUCAGUUUUAAAAGCAAACCAUGAGCUCACAUUUUUCUGGCUGCUCACUUAUCACAGCAAAGCGCAUCUGUAACCAGUAACACUCCCAAAGAGGCAGCAGCAGCAGCAGCAGCAGCAGCGAUACACAGAACAGCCCAGCCGAUAGAACAGGGCAACAGUGAGGAUGUUGACUCAGCUACUGUGUUUGUUGUUUGCUCCAUGUAUUCCACGUGUGGCCGUUCCCUUUGUCCUUGGGUUUGUUAUAGUAUCCAGCGGUUAACGUUUGAGCGACGUAACAGAAUCAGGGAGUGUACCUUUUAACAGUCACCUGAAGCUUUCUUCUCCAGAUGUAACCCAAUAUAUUCCCAUGUUAUUAUUAUUAUUAUUAUUACUUAUUGUUUUUAUUAUUUACCUCUUUCAAGUCGGGUCAUUUUCACCUUUGGCAUGUCCCCGUCAUUGAAUUGUAUUUCCAGACCUGUUCCGAACGAGUGGUGUGUACAUGACCAAUAGGCCAGAGGAGCACACAGACUUCAGGGUGCUUCACGUCUAGUUUACGAUCUGUGCUCGUGAGCCAGAUGUUUCCGGUGAUGAUGAUGAACCCGACUCUGUCACUGCUGCUCUUUGAUCAUGUCAGCCUCUUGUAAUGAUGCGACCACUCAUUAUUUAAUUUUUUUUGUCAUAAGGUGUACUGUGAGGAAGUUGACGGUUUGUAAUACUCAAUUCCAAAUAUUCCAACCACUGUAAGGAGACUAUUGGAUUUGGGGAUUCCAGGUUGGUUGUGUGUUUUCACAAAAUGCGACAAAUCCAGGAGUUGCCCGACAGUUAUGUAUUUUUUUAUGCAGUGAAUUGAAAGUUGGAUUCAGUAAGUAUUUGCAGUGUGAAAUUGUACAAAUGAUGCACAUUUCAAAUGUUCAAAACCUGUUGCAACAGUUUGCAGCAGACACCCCAACUGUGCCUUAAAUAUGUGUUUUUUUUAAGACUGGCACUGCAUUACUGGAGAAUGGCCUGGAUUUAAGAGCCGCUGAAACAGUUUAAAGGGUAAGGCCUGCCAUAGAUGUAGUUUUGGUAGAAUUUGACAUCUUCUGAUUUGGUGUUUUGUAGCAGUUUCAUUUCAUAGUAAACCAAAUGCUUCUCUCUAUUUAUUUUUUUUUGUUAAUCAGCUAUGGUGAUGUACUAUUUUAAUGUCACUAGACCUGUUACAUAAUGUGUCAACAAAAUUUUUCAUCGGCCUUACAUCCGCUUCCAAACAAGUGUCAGGAUGUGUAAAACAAAAAUAAAGUGAACACUUUCAGAAAUAAGCCAGUCGAUGGUGCAUCACUGCAAUCUAUUUUUGUACGUCUCCAGCGCCUGCAGCUUCUCGGCCAACACGGACUGGAAUGAGGCUGAAUGUAAAUGUUGGUUUGAUGUGACGGCACUUCUCCAGGCUUGUGCUCUACCUUUUAAAUGUGUCCUCAUGGAUGCGUUCUUUUCCUCUGGUGUAUUUUAUGUAAACACUGUACAUUGAUAUAACUGUAUGUACUAUUAUAUGCAGCUUUAUUUCCAUUGCGUUGUAUGUUUGGAGUUACCAGUAUCCCUAACCUGCUAGCCAGACGGAAGGGGGGAGGGAGGUGUACAAUACUACAGACAUUUAAAAAUAUACAGAUGUUUUAAUGUAAUUUGUCAAUUGUACAAACAGCUCAAAUUAAAGGUUUAUUAGGAGUUUUUAAA